AUGGCAAAUAACGAAGAAGCACCUCAGUUGAAUGAUGAUUUAGCAGUUGUUAGUCUUGAUGAUGAUUUAGCGGCUGUUAGUCUUGAUGAUGAUUUAGCGGCUGUUAGUCUUAAUUAUGAUUUAGCAGCUGUUAGUCUUGAUGAUGAUUUAGUGACUGUUAGUCUUGAUGAUGAAUUAGUAGUUGCUAAAAAGCUCUAUAAAGGAAGGAUAUUCCAAAGUUGGGAUGAAGCAUAUGAUACAAUAAAAUUGUAUGCACGGCAGAAAGGGUUUGGCUUAAAAAAAGGUCACAUUGAGAAGACUUCUGAUGAAUUCUAUAUGAACGUUGUUAAACUGAAACCAUUACAGAUUCAAAGAGCUAUACAAAAAGAAUUUCCUGAUCGUGAGAUUUACCUUUUUGAAAUCCAUAAGCUUCCAUCAUCUUCUUUAACACUCCCGCAAAUACUAUUUUCUGAACUUGAUACAAGCUUAAGCAAGUUUCUUACUCCUACAAUGUUAGAAGUUCAAC